AUGUUGCGCUACUCCGCGGAAGCAACUGCGGGAAGAAUGGGGGGAAGCGGGGCGGCGGAGACCGACCAUGGGGGAGGGGGAACGCGCCGAGAGGGGAUGCGCGCAGACGGCGUACUGGGGAAGACAGGCGGGGCGGCGCAGGCAGCGGGGGAGGAGUGGAGGGACGACAAGAGGAGCGGGCGCGGAGAAACCGAUCGUUCCGAGAAGAAUGCUGGUGGGAGGGGGAAAAGUGAAGCAGCGGGGGGGAGCGCGGAGGGACGUGUGGGGAGGAAGCGGAAGAUGACAGUACUGGUGUGCGCAGGCGACGUGAUGGGGGACGACCAUGCGGCUAGACUGGUGGCGGCACUGCUGGGAAGAGAGAAGGGCUUGCUGGGAGAGGAGGGACGGAAGGGAGCGGAGCAGGGAGAGGAGGAGUGGGAGGUGUAUGCAGUGGCAGGGCCUAGGAGCGAAGCAGCGGGUGCCACCCUCUUAGGCAGCAACCACGGCAUGUCGUCCAUAGGGCUCUUUGAGGCCCUGCGCUUUGUGCCUCGCUCCCUGCUGCUCCUUCAAGCCGCCAAACGCUUCGUGCAGCAGCACAAGCCACAUGCGGUGGUGCUAGUGGAUUAUCCGGGUUUCAACAUACCUCUUGCUGACUACAUCCUGAAAAAUCACCCCGCCACGCAGGUCAUCUACUACAUCCCGCCCAACGAGUGGCUCUUCUCCUCGUCCUCCUCCCCUCGCAUCGCCUCCGUUGCUGCCUCUCAUCUCGUCAUCGCCACUUACCCCGACGAGGCUGAGUUCUUCUCAUCAGUGGGAGCCAGAGUGAAGCUAUUUGGCCACCCUCUAGUGGACACUGUUGCCCAUGCGCCAAGUCGAAAGCAGGCGCGAUCACAGCUAGCAAUCUCCCCGACUGCCAGGGUGGUGGCGCUGCUGCCAGCCUCUCGCCCUCAGGAGACCUCCUUCAUCCUCCCCAUCGUGCUGUCAGCUGCUCGGCUGCUCAACCAACAAAUGCUUGAUGCUAACCGCGAGGCGCCCCUCUUUCUCCUGCCUCUUGCAGACGAGUCUUUGCGAGCACAGGUGGAGGAGCAACUGAGGGCGUUCAACAUGCACACAUGCUGCCGAGUGCUCGAGCCACAGCAGAGCCUACCAGCCAUGGCAGCAGCUGAUGCAGCCAUCACCAAGUCCGGUAGUGUCACUCUCCAGCUCGCCCUGCUCAAGGUGAACCGCGUUGACCUGCUUUGA